AUGGCGGAACCUGAGACUGUGUGUGUUUGUUGUGGAUACGAAAGCUCGGUCUACACGGAAUUUUCUGAAGGGGUAAUACGACUGAAUCGAUGCGAGAGAUGCAAGUCUGUUGUAGAUCGUUAUGUAGAAUGUGAUGUCAUAGUCUUGCUGUUGGACAUACUUUUGCACAAAUCUGAAGCAUUCAGACAUCUUUUAUUUAACAGAAAAAUCUCAUUAUCUAGUCAAUUGAAAUUUUGGUUUGUCUGCAUUAUUUGUACUACCUAUGUCAAAUGGAAUAAAGUGAACAACGCCAACAACUGGAAACUUCUCGGCAUUCUUCCAGAGUCCAUGUCAGUCCCUGAAGUUUACUUCUUAGUGUUAGCAUUUCAUUCUGCAUCAGAGGCUGUUACAUUUGUUUUUGGUGCAAGUGUGGCAGUAUGGAUUUUUCAAUUCGGUCACUCUAAAGUCAGUGAACAUCCACUUGGGUGGAUCGGUUAUACGAAAUGUUUCUUUGUGAUAAGUUAUGGUCGUAUUUUAGUCAUGCCUCUAGCUCUGUGGGCACGUUCCAGUUUGAGCUUUUACACGUGGCUACCUCUGGCACUGGUGUUUACAUCGACACUUCAGGCUGUUAGAGUUCUUGGCUGUGCAAACAGCUCACUGUUUGCAGUAAUUCCACCCUGUCUUGGUCUGAUUUCACAAUUGAUAUCCUCGACGUUGAUCACGAUGAUGACUGGUUUGUAGGAUUGCUAUACAGACCCUGAAACGAUGUCUGUCAUGUCACCAGUUUGCUUGAUACAAACAGCUAAGUGAGAUAACUGUGUUGUACAGUAUUUGUGUAUACAAACUGGGUUACUUUCAUCUGUAUUGCAAUCUGCAGUAGCUAAGAAUGUGUAAGUAUCAGAAAUAUGACAUAAUAUGUAUACUAAAGAUCAAUAGGUGAGUA